AUGUCUAAAAAUUUUGCUAUAUUAUAAAUAAAAAAAUUACAUAAAUAAGCUAUAAUUCCAUAAAAAGGAACUUCAGGAGCUGCCGGAUAUGAUUUAUGUGCUUGCUAAGAAACAACCAUUCCAGCUAAAGGAAAAUAAUUAGUUAAAACAGGGCUUUCAAUAGCAGUUCCUACAGGAAAUUAUGCAAGAAUAGCACCAAGAUCAGGUCUAGCUUGGAAGAAUUUUAUUGAUGUAGGAGCUGGUGUUAUAGACGAAGAUUAUAGAGGAGAAGUAAAUGUAUUAUUAUUUAAUCAUUCUAAUGAUGAUUUUAAGAUAGCUUAAAUGAUUAUUGAAAAAAUAACUCCCACAAUAAUAUAGGAAGUGGAAGAAUUAGAUGAAACUUUAAGAGGAGAAGGAGGAUUUGGGUCUACUGGAGUUUCUUUGAAUAAAUAAAUGGAUGAUUUAGAUCAUUGCACAGUUAAUAAAGGAAAAAUUAAAAGCUUUGAAAAUACGGAUAUAAAUGAAAUUGUGUUUAUUAUUUAGAAUUUCUAACUUAUAAAUAGCUAUUGA